AUGAUUGCAGCCAGGAAAAGACGCUCUCUCACAACAAACUUCCUCCCAGCGAAGCCCAACUUAUUGGAAUAUCAGUUAUUUCUGGAAUCGCACACUGUCGGGUCUCGUGCGGUAGAUGUAGCCCGAAUAUGUUCCAGCAUGGAAAAAAUCUUUGUCGGCGCCCUCGCCAGUGACGAAAAGAUGGUGCUUGAAGGCUGUUCGCCUGCUGUCGAUUUUUGCUACUUCGAAGACUUCCCCACCAAUAGACCGAGUAUGUUAGUGCCAUGUUCCGGCACUAGCAUCGCCGAAGGAGGGUUAAAGUAUAUCAUCGAUGAGGGAGGACGCCUGGCACUCAACUGUAAUCGGGGUGAAAAGUGGUGCCGUGUACUGCACUGGGCAAUUGAAAGCAAAAAUACGCGCCUUAUAUUCAUGGCCAUGGGUCACGAGGGUGUUGGUAUUAAUCAACGAGACUGGUUUAACCGUACGCCUCUCCAUCUCGGAAAUUCCAAAUGUAGUCCUGCUCUCACUAAACUACUCCUGAAUGCUGGUGCUAAUGUCAACGCCAUUGAUGACCAUAACGCUAAACCGCUACACUAUGCUAUUUCUCGCUGGAAAUCAGAGCUCAAGAAGAAGAACAGUCGACAACUAGGUGAUUCGAUGAAGGUUCUCAAUCAAAACCUAGAGGCAGCUCUGACAUCGAAGGAAGAGUAUUUCAUGGAGGAUGUGCCACUCCUACAUUUUGCAGUUGAGUACAAGCAUCUGGGCGUUAUCGACACGCUGUUAGCAACUAGGAAAGGGGAUGUGAACGUGAGGGAUUCUAGAGGACAGACAGCCUUAUUUGUGGCGUUCAGGCACGGACUUCUGGACAUGGUUGACCUCCUGAUCAUGACGUAUGGCGCUGAUGAGGAUGUGAAGGAGGAGACCGGACAAAAAUAUAACUAUGUUGCUGAGAAGGAUUAUCACUACCUGUGCGACCUGGACACUUUGCGGAGGAGGGUGUCACAUAUACCGCACGUGGAUCAGGGAUUAGACCAUCAUGGAAUUAUGUUCGGUAAGUAG